CUUCGUUCUUUCAUUCAACGAGUGUACGCUCCUGCCAAUUACACGCGGAUAUAUUACAGUAUGCCAACUUCACCGGAACGUUAGAGACAAUGCUUGGAACAAAAUAUUAUGCUACAAUGAUGUAUGCGCAAUCCGGUGAAAACACGCAAACUAUUUCAUCAACAACAGGAACACCGACACCGUCAACAGUUGUCCCAUUAACAACAUUGUCUUCAACAUCAGAGACGUCAAGUACGGCAUAUGAAUCUCAUACAGCGCCGUCUGAUGCAGAUCCUAUAGCGCCAUCAGACGCAGAUCCUACAGAACCGUCAGAUGCAGAUCCUACAGCGCCAUCUGAUGCAGAUCCUACAGCACCAACAGAUGCAGAUCCUAGAGCACCAUCAGAUGCAGAUCCUACAACGUCAUCAGAUGCAGAUCCUACAACGACAUCAGAUGUAGAUCCUACGGCGCCAUCAGAUACAGAUCCUAUAGCGCCAUCAGAUGCAGAUCCUACAGUGCCAUCAGAUGCAGAUCGUACAGUGCCAUCUGAUGUAGAUAUUAUAGUGCCAUCAGAUGCAGAUCUUACAGUGCCAUCAGAUACAGAUCUUACAGUGCCAUCAGAUACCGAUCCUAGAGCGCGAUCACAUGCAGAUCUUACAGCGCCACUAAAUGCAGAUCUUACUGCACCUUGA